GCCAGUAAGUAGCUGUCGCCCUCCCGCCGCUGGACGUGUCGCCUUGAGGGUUCAGGUUCCUUCGGCGCCUCCUUCGUGAGAGUCGCAGGCUGGUUGGUUGCCGCCCCGCCCACGAGUGUGUUAGCGUAGUCGCGUAGGUGUUCCCCGUGGAUUACCGCCGAGAUGGAGAUGGCUUCUGUGGACUAUGAGGUGUUUGGUAAGGUGCAAGGCUGCAAUUUCAUCAAGGCGGCCAAGGAUACGGCAGACAGCUUGGACUUGACUGGCUGGAUCAAGAACAACAAGACGGGCACGGUGGGGGGCCGUCUCCAAGGUCCCAAGGCUAACGUAGACCAGAUGGUGAAGUGGCUGAGCGAGGUUGGCAGCCCUGAGAGCCAGAUCGAGCGCUGCCAACUGACCAACCAGCAAGCCAUCAUCAGGCCGGACUACCCCAAGUUCUUCCUCAGAUUCUAAGUCUUCGUGUGACGCAAGUCACCGUAGAGAGUGUGUUCGUGUGUGUGUGUGUGUGAGCCAAGACGCGUCCAUCCAGCCAGCCAGACCCGCCUCCCCGCACCGCCACCAUCACACCCGGCAAAGAAUAACCUGAGAAUGAUGAACGACUCCUCCUUUCACACCCAAAAUACGUUAUGCAAACCUUCCUGUCUUAUGGGAAAGGUAAAGAAAGUGUUGGUAAUUGUGUUGCAUUUAGUGACGCCAAUGCAGGUAACGUUUUUGUGAGCUGACCGUUAACCUCUGUGCCGAUGAUGAUGAUGAUGAUGAUGAUGGUGAUGUGGAGUGAACCGUUCUCUGUCCCACUCCCACAACAUCCAAGUGCGUGAUUCUGGGAAGGCGCACACACACACACACACACACAGACACACACACACACACACACACACACACAGUCCUCAUUUUUGCUCUUCACCCACCUCCAUAUUUCACUCUUCGAGACGUCUUCGUAGAUUAGCUUUUUAAUCUAGAGGUUUUGUGUUCAUUACCAUUUAUUUUCAUUCCUAGGUGUCAGUUAUGCAUGUAAAGAAGCUUAGCUCUGAAUCUUCAAGGGAUAAAAAUAUAUUUGCCUAAAAGGUAUUGAUAGAGACGAUGAUUCGCUGAGGGAUGCCGCCGUAAAAAAAGUUAUAUUCUCAUGAUUACUGAAGUUUCGUGAGAUCUUAGACUUCAAUCAUAAAUAGCUGUGACGUGUAUUUCUCAAAGCUACAAGUCGUAAAAAAGCAGGGUACAGUUGCUCUUCAAAAUAAUACCAACCACUUUCUGAACGAUAGAACAGAAAAGUGAACGAAAACUAGCGAUGAUGCAGUACGGGGCUGAGUCUUCCUAAUACUUCUGUCCGGGGGUAGGAUUUACUUUCUUGGCUGACUGUAAGAAGGAGUCAACUGUGGGGGGAAAACUCAGCCGACCUAGUACCCGACACUACCUUACCCCGCCCACCCCGCCUCGCCCCCUGUCUCUACCCAGGCCCGUCACGCCUCCGUUACUACCCUAGCCCGCCCCACCCCACCCUCCUCACCACCCUACCCCGCUCAUUCCGUCCCCGGUGUUAUCCUACCCCGUCCCGUCCCCGCCACCGCCACUACCUCGCCUCCUCCAGUGCCCCGUUUUAUCCCGUCCCGCCGCUAUCUCGCCCUGUCACUACCCUGCUCCCCCUUGCCCCGACGUGAUCCUACCUUUCUGUGUCAUGCCCCACCACUACUCUAUCCAACCCCGCCCCGCCCCGCCCCGCCAAGCAUGACCCAAGCACGCGGCAUUCCUCGGCUCGCAGCGUGUGGCAACUGUAGAGACGUGUGAUGGAGCUGAUCAAAUUUACAGUACUAUGUCUUGUUUGUCAAAUAUUUAUUUUUGAUUCAUAAAAUAAAGUUUUCACUAUACGGGA